AUGCAGCAGGUAAAUCAUUUGAGUUAUAUUGGCGGCAAUAAACCUCCAGCCAUAGUUAAAAGGAUACUCGAAAAAGUGUUCACAGACAACCUUGCUGUCAAUUGUAACUGGACAGGGAAAAAUAAAAAGACUUCACCAAAGGAUCUUCGUAUAGUAAAGAUAAUAAAAGAACUAGAUUCCUUUUCAACAUUUCCUUUUGAAAACUUCAUGUGUAAAAUAAAGAGGUUACUUCGUUCGCAUAAUAUGCCAUUAGAGAAAAUUGCUAAAUGGCUGGGUGAAAAAGCAGCUGACAAGAAAUUUGAUAAUAAUCCUCACCAAGAUGCCCAAGACUACGAGACGUACUGCAGUGUUCCUCAUAAAAGGCAAGGACACUGGGCCAAACUGAGGAUUUACUCGUUAUAG